AUGACCAACGACGUCGAGACAAACUCUGCGCUCAAGCGCCAACCUUCAACCCCCCAAGCUAUUCGCGAUGCAGAGGAUCUUGCCAAUUUUGGUCAUGACCAGAGCCUCACUCGCAAGUUCAGCAUGUGGAGCAUGCUUGCUCUUGCUUUCUCAGUACUAGGCACGUGGUCAACUUUUGCUCAGGGAAUCGACAGUGGCCUGACAGCUGGAGGCCCCAUCGCCAUCCUCUGGGGUCUUGUGCUUGUCUUUGCAUGUAACAUCUGUGUCGCCGUGUCACUAGGAGAGAUGUGUAGCAGCAUGCCCACCGCUAUGGGACAGGCCUAUUGGAUCUCUAGACUAUGGCCUACUCCUGCUGGUAGAUUUACUUCAUAUCUUUGCGCGUGGAUCAACAUGACAGGUUGGAUCACUUUGUCUGCGUCGCAGAUUGCCUUCAUGUCUGAGUUUCUGCUCAAGAUGAAGAUCCUCUUCACGCCAAACUGGACAGGCGCUGAUAAAGGCUGGGUUUUAUUUCUAGUCUAUGUUGGUGUUACUAUUGUCAUGACACUUUUCAAUGUUGUGGCAUGUCGCAAAGAUGUCAUUCUCCCGUGGUUCAACAACUUUGUGGGCAUUUCCUUUGCCAGUCUCUUUGUCAUUAUCAGUAUGGCGAUGCUGAUUUCUGUCGGCGUCAAAGAGGAUUUAUCUUUCCAAUCUGCGGAUUUUGUGUUUGGAAAAUGGAUCAACCAGACUGGUUGGCCUGAUGGUGUAACCUGGUUUAUCGGUCUUGUACAAGCAGCCUACGGUCUCACAGCUUUUGACGCAGCUAUUCACCUUGUCGAAGAAAUUCCCUCGCCUCGAACCAAUAUUCCAAGAAUUAUCUGGCUCUCUGUUACCAUGGGAGCCAUCACUGGUUUUAUCUUCAUGGUUGUCUGUCUCUUCUGCAUGGUCAACUCAGACAUUUAUCUUAACCCGUCUACUGGCCUUGCUUUUAUGGAUCUCCUCAAGGAAACUGUUGGUCUUCAGGGUGGAACGGUCCUUCUGACGCUGUUCAUUAUCAACGGUUUUGGACAAGGUAUUGGAAUCGUCACGACGUCUUCUCGAUUGACCUGGGGUUUCGCUCGAGACGGUGGUCUUCCCUUCAGCAGCUACUUUGCGCGUGUCGAUGACUACUGGAAAGUCCCUGUGCGGGCGUUGUGGCUUCAAGGUGCCGUCAUGGCUCUCAUCGGCAUUCUCUACACUUUUGCCUCAACUGUGCUUGAAGCUAUCCUCAGCGUCAGCACCAUUGCACUCACUGUUUCGUAUGGCAUGCCCAUCCUGACUCUUCUCUUUGUUGGUCGAGACAAGCUCCCACCGGGCGAAUUCGGCCUCGGACGUUUCGGGUCAGUGAUCAACUGGGUCGGAGUAGUCUACUGCGCAGUAACUACUGUCUUCUUCUUCUUUCCGUCCGCACCCAACCCCGCAGCAGCCGACAUGAACUACGCCAUUGCUGUUUUUGGGAUUAUGCUUGUUAUUACCCUUGUUUUCUGGGUCGUCAAGGGCCGAAUCACUUAUCUGGAGACUGAGGAGGCGCAAGGGAACAUUAUCUAUGCACAAAGAGCCGAGAGGGCCAACUAUGUUGACAUUGUUGGCAAGACGGAUACCGCGGGUCCGCAUCCACACCCGCACCCGGACCAGGGUGAGGCCAGUGGUCAGUGA